AUGUUCUGGUCGACAGCAUAUGGGAUACCCACAGCAAUUGGUAUAUCCCGCACAGUUCAAUACAACAUUGAACACUUCACCCAGAAUCGCGUGCUGACCUACUGGUACAGACCAGAUGUGCGGUUCGCGCAGCAGGACCCGCAGCCCAUCAUCUUCCCGCGACACCGCAAUUUAGAGUGGGCUCAGGGAAACAAACGGACUAUGGCCGAGGGCUCCUAUAUCGGAAAGCUGGUAACACGCGGCUUGCGUGUACAAGCUUUCAAGUUAUACGAGCUCCUGAAAAGCUUGCAGCUAGAUCUUGCAGAGGUACAAAAUCUGUUGACAAGAGUGGCCGCAGAAGAUUUGCCACUCGAUGACGCUGCCUGCCAGUGGGUUUUGUCCAACAACCAGAGGUGGAGAAAUUGGUUGCGAGCGGACACGAGCUGCCUUCCGGGCUAUGGGCUGGUCGAUGCAAGAGGAACAUAUGUCACAUCUCGUGCUGCAGCUGUCAGCUGCAGCUUCUGUUCGCAUGGGACGGCAUCCAGCUCGCUGCUUGACGACGCUGGGGAAACGUACACAUGCCGUUCCUGCGUUCCUGGCACUUAUCAGAGCCUCUCUGGAGGAACCAUUUGCGAAUACUGCGACCCUGGCAAGGCGGCUGCUGACAGCGGCCGCUCCAGCUGUGACGUCUGCACAGUUGGCAGCUUUGCGAACGCGUCGGGAAUGACCGCAUGCCAGCGCUGUGGGAUUGGAGAACAGUGGACUACCAGUCGCAUCGCACAGAUGUACGGGGAAAACAGGACGGGAAUUUCUCAAGCUCGUGCUCUAUUCGUAGGGUUUUCUGUGAGAGAUCUUUUUAAAGGCAGGGUAUGGAUAGUUGUAUCCUUCACGUGGGGGCCUAGAUUAUAUUAUCAAGAAAAUGUCCCAGGUUCCUUGUAG